UCUUUAUCAGUCGUUCGCUCAUCAACGAAUGCAGAGCUUAUUUACCCUUAACUCUGCAUCACAUCGACGGCCACUGCGGUCAUUAUCUCGUGAAAUCAAAACAUUGUGCGACAGUUGUUUUUCUGAUCCAGGUAAUACAUAGUUUUGGAUUGUUGUGAACCUCGGUGGCAACCCGUGUCAGGAUGCCGCUGUUCAAAUCGUUCGAAGUGCACCUUUUCGGUGGAAGUUUUUUCUUUCCACUGCCGCUGCUUGUCAACGUAAUCAUCUCGACCGGUGCGUACUUCGUGGGUCUCAAUCUGAUACCGAAAAUGAAGGCGAUGUUCAUCGCAGCCAAUCUUGCCGGCAUCGAUAUGAAUAAGAAGUCCAAACCGAAGAUUCCAGAAGCAUUUGGAGUGGUCACUGGCUGCAUCUUUCUGAUCUCACUGUUUCUAUUUAUCCCGAUACCGUUUGUAGGAAGUUUUGCGAAUGAUGAUAAUAAGGAAGAAUUUCCCCAUGACAAGUUCGUGGAAUUCAUUGCAGCGAUGCUCUCGAUCUGCUGCAUGAUUCUGCUGGGAUUUGCUGACGAUGUACUGAAUCUCCGUUGGCGCGAUAAGCUCUAUCUGCCGACCAUUGCCUCGCUUCCAUUGCUGAUGGUGUACUACACCAAUUUCAAUUCCACGACAAUCGUUCUCCCUAAAUUUGUUCAACAAUUUUUGGGAACGUCAAUUGACAUCGGUGUAUUGUAUUACAUCUACAUGGGAAUGUUGGCGGUUUUCUGUACCAAUGCAAUCAACAUCCUGGCCGGUAUCAACGGGUUGGAAGUGUGCCAGUCGUUGAUAAUAGCCGGAUCGAUUAUCGUGUUCAAUUUGAUGGAAAUCAUCUCCGGGCACUGCAAUGAAGCGUACGAAUUUUCACUGUACAUCAUGCUGCCCUACAUGGGAGCCACUCUGGCACUUUGGAAAUAUAAUCGCUACCCGUCGCAAGUCUUCGUUGGCGAUACGUUCAACUACCUAUCCGGAAUGACCUUCGCCGUGGUCGGUAUCCUGGGCCACUUCAGCAAAACGGUGCUCCUCUUCUUCAUUCCGCAGAUAAUCAACUUCAUCUACUCGGUGCCCCAGCUGUUUCGGUUCAUCCCGUGUCCUCGGCAUCGGCUGCCGAAGCACGAUCCGAAAUCGGAUCUACUCAACUACAGUAAAACCCAGUUCCGUGUGAGCGAGCUCAACUUGCUGGGCAGGCUGUGCUACUUAGCGUUCAAACUCACCCGGCUGAUACGCUACGAGGAGAGCGAGGACGGUGUGGUUACGUGCAAUAACUUUACGAUCAUAAACUUCGCUAUCCUGCUGACCGGGCCUAUCAAGGAGGAUCGACUGAAUCGGUUGUUGAUUGUGUUUCAACUGAUUUGUUCCUUGUUUGCGUUUACCAUUCGGUAUCCGUUGGCGCACUACUUCUACGAGUACUGAGCAGAACGCAUGGCCACUGUGUGGUGAGUGAAACUGACGAUUUUAUAUGCAAAAGCAGAUGCAGAAUGCCAAAGGUAAUGAUUUUCAUCGAUUUACUGUGUAAGUAUAAAGCAGGAAAGCGCUGUUUAGAACGUUAAA